AUGGCCGUGUUUGAGUUCAGGGACAUUUCAAAGGAAGACAUAUGGAUCAUCACAGGUGGUAUUCAGCAAGAGGUGUUUGAGUUCAGAACCUACAAACUGUCAGUCGGCUCGGAGGUAUCUCUGGAGAUGCUCCCCCCCUACAAAGACCUGGUUCAGCUUGCUUCCACAGGCCCCCGUGACCCCCCUGGACAAACAACAGCCUCAUUCUCUGCACCACUGCUGACCUCAUUGUCUCUUUGUGAAGGGAAAAUCCAGAGUUGCAUUCUGUUAAAUGGCAAAUGGUGCAUCAACUGCGAGCGGGACGGACCUCUGGAGCGCCGGCCUACAGAUGAGCACGGACACCGCUGCAUUUUUCUCAGGACUGUACGCAAGGAAAACAUGAGUCUCGAUGGAGACGCAUUAUCAGUGAUUGAAAACCCGGUGGCUGUCAGUCAUCCUUUUCACUCGGAGAAAACAGCGGGAGUCACAGGGACCAAGGGGGUCCAGGGCUGGUUAAAAGGCAUACACUCCUCGACGCUCGUCAAACUUCUGCUGAGGCCUUCCUCCUCCCAAAGCCCGGUGGGGCUGGGGGAUACGAAGGAGACGUCAUUCUGCAAUGUGACGGAGGACAUUUCCAUCUCUGACCCCAGGAAAGUGUUUUACAGAAUCAGCCCAGAGAACUCUCUACUGGAGAUCCAGCUGGGGAAGCUGCCCACCUGGCUGCCGGUGUGCUACGAGAGGUGGAACUCUUCGCUGGGAACACUGGUCUGCAGACAGCUGGGUUAUCUGAGACUGACCAAGCAUAAAGGAGUGAAUCUAACCGAUAUCGGGCCAAACUAUACUGAUGGCUUUAUACAAAUUACCUCAGAACACAAGAGCAGUCUGGAAAAUAUGUGGCAGUUCAGGGGGAGCUGUAUCACAGGGAAGGUUAUCGCUUUGCAAUGUUUUGAGUGCGGGACACGAGCUAAGCUGCCCAGGAUAAUCGGGGGAGUUGAGGCCACGCUGGGCAGGUGGCCCUGGCAGGUCAGCCUCUACUACAGCAACCGCCACACCUGUGGAGGCUCCAUCAUCACCAGUCAAUGGGUAGUCACAGCUGCCCACUGUGUGCACAACUACAGGCUACCUCAGGUCUCCAGCUGGGUGGUCUACGCUGGCAUUGUGACCCGCAGCUCCGCUAAAAUGGCUCAACAUACAGGGUACGCUGUGGAGAAGAUCAUCUACAACAAGAACUACAACCACAGAAGCCACGACAGCGACAUAGCGCUGAUGAAGCUGCGGACGCCGCUCAAUUUCUCAGAUACAAUUAGGCCCAUCUGCCUGCCUCAGUACGACUACGACCUUCCAGGAGGUACACAGUGCUGGAUUUCUGGAUGGGGAUACACGCAGCCUGAUGGCAUUCACUCACCUGACACCCUGAAAGAGGCGCCAGUUCCAAUAAUAAGCACAAAGAAAUGUAACAGCUCCUGCAUGUACAAUGGAGAGAUCACGCCACGGAUGCUUUGCGCCGGAUACACAGAGGGAAAAGUGGAUGCAUGUCAGGGAGACAGUGGGGGUCCUCUGGUGUGCCAGGAUGAAAAUGUGUGGAGGCUGGUGGGGGUCGUCAGCUGGGGGACGGGAUGCGCUGAGCCCAAUCAUCCUGGGGUUUACACCAAGGUGGCAGAAUUCUUGGGCUGGAUCUAUGAGAUGAUGGAGAACUACUGA